GGACCAGCUACACCGAGAAGCAUUGUGGGAAUUGGAGUCUAUUGCAAUCCAUCAAUCACGAAGAUGUGCGAUGUAAACAAGGAAGUCGGUGGUGAAAUAGAAAGGGACAUUUAAGUCUGUGAGGAGAUCACACGGAGCUGAGUUCCUGUUUCAUGCCUUAUAUAAGCCUACAGAAUGGAGGAGCGACACAAAAGGAUUCUCCAACGCAAUAGGGUCAAUCUCGUGAGCGAGCUGAACCCAUCAGAUAUGUAUGAUGGACUUCUGUCAAAAGGAAUCUUUACUCAAGACAUGAUCGACGAGAUAAAGAGAUCAGGAACCAGACGAGACCAAGCCAGACAGCUGGUUCGAGACCUGGAAACUCGUGGGAGUCGGGCCUUCCCAGCUUUAAUAGAGUGCCUUCGUGAGAAAGGGCAGCAUAGCCUGCCGGAUCUCCUGUUGGCGGGGGAACCACAGAGCCAGCCUCUACCUCUGCCUGUCCAUGUCCGGCCAGUCGUUAGGCCUUUGCCAGUUUACUCUCAUGUGGACACUGUGGUAACCCCUGUCUAUCCAUGUCAACCAGUUAGACCUUUGCCUAUAACACCUGUCUAUCCAAGUCAACCAGUUAGGCCUUUGCCUACGCCUACCACUCCCAGUUUAUCCCCUGAAAGGGAGUUUGGAAAACCCAGGGCAACAGGAAGAGUUAGACGUGACAGUAUUCAGAGUUAUAAGAUGGAUGCCAGCCCCUGUGGACACUGCCUGAUCAUAAACAAUGUCGAUUUUGAGCCUCAGUCAGAGCUGAAUAACCGCACAGGGUCCAACAUAGACUGCGACAAACUGGAGAGAAGAUUUCAAUCCCUUAACUUUAUUGUCCUUGUCAAGAGAAACCUGAAACAGAAGCAAAUAAGGCAGGAGCUAUCAGCUUUGUCCAAGAAGGAUCAUUCACAAUGUGAUUGUUGUGUGGUGAUCAUGCUAUCACAUGGGACGGAGGUAAGUCACAAUCGCUUCCCUGGUGCAGUGCAUGGAGUGGACGGGCCCAAUGUCCCAGUUCAGCUCAUCACAAACUACCUCAAUGGUCAGAACUGCCCAUCCCUACAGGGCAAGCCCAAGCUCUUCUUCAUCCAGGCCUGUGGGGGAGGUGAGAGAGACACAGGCUUUGAGGUGACUCCUGACGAGGAUAGGCCUUGUAUUGGAGGAACAGAUGACCAGACGGACGCCAUGCCCAUGUCCUCCAGCAGUGACUCUCUGAGCACUCCGUCUGAUGAGCCAGACGCUAGGGCCACACUGCCCACACCUAGUGACAUACUGGUGUCCUACUCCACCUUCCCAGGUUACGUCUCCUGGAGAGAUACACAAGCUGGCUCCUGGUAUGUAGAAACACUGGAUAACGUCUUAGAAGACAAUGCUGCCGAUAAUGACCUGGUCACCAUGUUAAUGAUGGUAAACCAUGAAGUUUCACAAAACUCAGCCAAAGGCCUCUACAAACAGAUGCCUGGUUCCUUUAACUUUCUACGCAAACUUCUCUACUUUCAAGUCCUGCCCUGCCAGAGACCAAUCCAGGCAUGACGGCACUCUCAGGAAACAUUUGUCUCUUCAUGUGCCAUUAAUAAAAAUAUCCUCGACCAAUGUUUAUCUGGAUAUGUGAACAAAAGGACCAAGAUUGGAAAUGUAUGUUUGUUCCUUUAAAAUGUUCUUUCUUUUCUUGUUUUUACACUCAAUUUUUGCUCUUACAAGAUUGCAACAUCUUUGUGACAAUCAAAAACAUUGUAAUCAGUAAAAAACAAUGUUUUUCCUUGAAGCGCUCUGCAAAAAAUGAAUCGGUACUGCACCCUCUAUAACCACUGUGGUUAUUAUUUGACCCUGCUGGUCAUCUAUGAACAUUUUGAACAACGAUUUGGCCUUAAUGGCCAUGUACUCUAAAUAAUCUCCAUCUGGCGCAGCCAGAAGAGGCCUGGCCUACCCCGCAGAGGCUGGUUCCUCUCUAGGUUUCUUCCUAUGUUCCUGCCUUUCUAGGAAGUUUUUCCUAGCCACCGUGCUUCUGAAUUUCUUGUUGUUUGGGGUUUUAGGCUGGGGUUCUGUAUAACCACUUUCUGCUGAUCUAAAAAGGGCUUUAUAAAUACAUUUGAUUUGAUUUGACAACCUUUACUGUUAGCCAGAACAUCUAAUGUUUAUAAUAUGUUGUUUUCAUCUUGAGUGAUUUAGUUUGAGGUGAAUGGGUGUUCAGUGAAUGGGUAUUAAUGCACUAUAGCUGAAUGUUGUGAUGUCCAAAUGUAAUUGUGUAAUGCUCUGUUCUGGUUGUCUUUCUAUACAGUUUUGUAUUUAUUUGAAGGUUA